CAGUUAUGUUGUGAAAAAUGUCCUUAAUAUGCUCGUCGGGCGCUACAUGUCGUUGGUGAUCAUUUUUUCCGCAAACAUUUCAGUAUGUCGUGCAGGAUCAUGCUGGACUGCUCGCAAAAAGUAGCGGCAGGAAGCAGCAUAUUCGGAAAAGUUCUUUGUAAAUUCUGCACAUCGGAGCACGUUAAAGAAAUCCGAAUCGUCUGCCAAGGCUUGGAACUGAUCGGUCCUCACGCGCACAAAGCCAAACGGUUUUUCUUCAAGAAACAAAUCCUGCAUUAUCGAGGUAUAAUAAAACCGGGCAGACACGAAUUUCCGUUUUCAAUCGAAAUUCCGAAAGACGCCCCGAGCAGCUUCGACGAGCCGCCGGCCCUCAUCCAGUACAUGCUGAAAGCGAUCUGCGAAAUCCCGUCGAAUCCGCAGGAAGACGUCAUGCACAUACAGGUCUUCUCCUACGUGGAUUUGAACCAUUACGUGACCGAAUUGAACUUGGAGCCGUUUACAGUGGAAAGGCAAUGUCGAAAGGGGUAUUUGUGCUGGGCCGCUACAGCUAUUGAACUGAGCUUGACUUUGGAAAAAAACGCCUUCGUCGUCGGCGAGACUAUCAAAAUGAAGAUAUACGUCAGGAAUAGCUGCGAGCAGGACAUCCAAACCAACGUCGUAACGUUGAGAAGAAUGUUCGAGUACAAAAACAGCGAAAGCGACAAGAAAUACCACACCAAACUCAAAGAAAUCAUCACCACCGAGAUCCUUCCCAUCGUCGAAGCCAAUUCCCAUCAAACUUUCUACGUCAACAUGACCAUACCGCUUUACAUGGAAGUCGCGAAUUUGAGCAGCUGCCGCUGCACCAAAGAAGGUUUCCUCAUUAGUCUCGAAGCUAUAUCUCGCAGCGCCCACGCCAGCAUCCAAGUACCAAUCCUCAUCGGCCACAUACCAGCAGUCUACAAGGAAGUACCAGCCAAUAAGGAAAUGUCGGUGAACCUGAAGGCGUCGAAGCAGCUGUCGUACCGGGACCAGCCGAGCUUCGGGCUGUCGAAGGAGGCGCUGGCGGGGCCGCCGCCGGCCGAGGGGCUGUCGAGGGGCACCGGCUCGCUGAAGGCGGCUUAUUGCAACUGCAACGCGGAGAUUUCGAUGCACGCGAAGUCGACGCACGUGCCGUCGGCGUCGGGGCUGUCGCCGCAGCUCCAGUCGAACGUCGGCGUCGUCUCGAUGGCGGAGAAUCUCGAUUACUACGCGCCGUCGGAGCAGGUCAAUCAGCCGCAGGGUUAUUCCUAGGGGAAUGCGUACCCGGUAUAUUGUUACGAAAUUG